AUGAUGUCUGAUCUACAGCCUCUUGUUCUUUACGCUUUUGCGCCUUUUGCGGCCUCUGCAAACCCAUGGAAGGUGGCUUUCAUCCUCGAAGAGCUUGACCUUCCGUAUCGAUUUGAGAAAAUUCAGGCAGCAGAUACAAAACAACAACCUUUUCUCGCAAUGAAUCCCAAUGGCAAGUCUGGUGCCAUCAUUGACUAUCUUGUCGAUAUUUACGACAAUCAUCAAAAGCUGCACUACGCCUCUGGCCCAGAAAAACACUUGACACGUUGCUGGGAGCAUUUUCAGAUGAGCGGCCAAGGACCUUAUUUUGGGCAGAUGGUCUGGUAUACCACGUUCCAUCACGAGACUCUCCCUUCUGUUAUAGAGCGAUAUAGUGAUGAGAUCAAACGUUUUCUUGGAAUCAUUGACGCGCAUCUUUGCCGUCAAGGCACAGACUACCUGGUCGGAGAUCGGGUGACCUACGCAGACAUCAUGUUCCUGCCUUACUGCAGAGGUCUGGCAACUGUUAUUUACCCGGAACUCGACACAUCUCAGUGGAAGAACUAUAGUGCUUGGAUUAGCCGCAUUGCAGAAAGGCCAUCUAUUGCACGUGCUCUUAAAAUAAUGGACGAGGCAGUGUUACAGCAUAAGGAGUACCUUACGUCGGUUGCUAAGCAGAAAUAG